AAAAAAUUAGAAAAAAAAACUCAAACAGAUUUGAUAAUUGUUUUCUGCUAAGGCCUACGUCAUUCAGAAAAUCGUUCCAUAUGGUUCAUAUUAUUGAAUUGGUCGGCCAGCCGAAGGUUGACUUUGCUCAACAAGUUACUAUGAACCGUGCUUUACAGCUCAAGCCAGCUGAAAGUGAUAGUCGAAGCGUUACAUUAUAUCAUAAUUUAAAUUAUUUAACAAAAUAG